AACGCGCUCAACGCGUCGAAACCCGCGCGAGCAAAUGAAAACACACCGCACCACAGUCGAACAUAACAUGCGAUAUCAAUUAACUGUAUAAUCUAUUCAAAAGCUGGACAGUGGAAAAUGAAAGUGAAAUUCGUUUGAACCGUCAACAUGUUAGCGUAUAGUAUGAAAGUGAUUUUGCUCGUACUGGCUUCGGUGUCGAGCGCAGAACGUAGCCGGGCUCUUAGUUUAGUCUACUCACCUCGCAACGCGCCAAUCUUCGUUCCAAAGAGGUACCAAUCGAGGAUCAUGUUUCUGGACGAAGAUGACAUUGGUAGAGGCGAGAUUGACCUAACAGAUCAUAGUAAAGUUAAAUUCGAUUACGCUUCUGACAAGAGUUUGCCGAACGAAAGGUUCUUUGAGCCAAGGGGUUUGUACAGUCGAUUUGGGAGACAGUAUGCCCCAAGUUAUGCCUUUGAGCCGUAUUUGCCGGUGCAAUACGCGCCCCCAAGGAAUAGUAUUUAUCCUGUGAAUUGGCGUGCGAGAUCCCCUAGAGUCGUGUUCCCUUAUACUCCGGACACAGGGAAUUCUAUACAUACAAACUCACACAGUGGACCUACCUCUAACGAUAAUGUAGUGUUUCGUGAUCAAACUCCAGGAAAUAUUGGAGCAAACGAUGUUGGAGUCGAGGAUGCUCUACAAGAUAUUGCUGGGGAUGCCUUUACAGACAGGGAUGCCAACGAUCCACAUCGAGCUCACCUUCUCAAACGAAUGGAAUUUAAAACGAAAAAAUACAUUCACAAAACUCAUUUUAAAUUUCGAAAACCGAUGUUCAUACAAACACAAAAACUGAAGCGAAGUUCGUUUGAAUUUCCGAACGAAACAAGAGCGCAAUUGCCAGAGUUCAAACCGAUUUCCGACGCACAGAUGAUAAAAGUGAAGGAGAUAUUAGAGGAUUUGACAAGUACAAGUCUACCAAAGAGUACAAUUUUAACACAGAGUACAAAUUUACCAUUGAGUAUAAAUAAUUUUAGAAAAGGGCGGCUUUUAGAAAGUACAAAACAAGUUGAGACAGAAUCGCCUGAAGAGGACCGAAAAUAUGACGAUGGUUGCCCACAGGGUGGCACAUGUGAAUUCUUCAUAUCAUGUUGGAUGAAAGGGGGUCUUCUAGAAGGCUCUUGCGGUGGCUUACUAAAGAGCUGCUGUCAUAAAGUGGCUAAGUCAGGCCUACUGGGCGUACAAGACUCAAAUAGCAUAGACUAUUCGCCAAAUGAAGGAUUUAGUUAUGGUCCAGUUAUAAAUGAUGAGAGUUGCGGAGUUGCGGUUGGUAAGCAAACAGCCCAGCGCAGAAUAGUUGGCGGGGAUGACGCAGGAUUCGGGACAUUUCCCUGGCAAGCCUACAUCAGGAUUGGAUCAUCCAGAUGCGGUGGCUCGUUGAUAUCACGCCGUCACGUCGUCACGGCGGGACACUGCGUCGCUCGAGCUCAGCCCCGUCACGUUCGUGUCACGCUCGGUGACUACGUCAUCAAUUCUGCAGCUGAACCCUUGCCGGCUUAUACGUUCGGAGUCAGAUCUAUCAAGGUUCAUCCGCUAUUUAAGUUCACUCCUCAAGCAGACCGUUUUGACGUGGCAGUACUUACUUUGGAUAGAAAUGUACACUACAUGCCGCAUAUAGCCCCAAUCUGCCUCCCGGAAAGGGGCUCAGAUUUUCUGGGCCAGUACGGAUGGGCAGCAGGCUGGGGAGCCUUAAGCCCUGGCUCAAGACUAAGGCCCCGGACGCUCCAAGCUGUCGACGUGCCAGUAUUAGAUAACAGAGUUUGUGAGAGGUGGCAUAGAGCUAACGGUAUAAACGUUGUAAUAUAUCCCGAGAUGCUGUGCGCGGGCUACCGCGGUGGCGGGAAGGACAGCUGUCAAGGUGACAGCGGCGGACCAUUGAUGCUAGAGCGCGCCGGUAGAUGGUAUCUCAUCGGUGUAGUCUCCGCUGGGUACUCGUGCGCUAGCCGCGGACAACCCGGCAUUUACCACAGAGUAGCACACACCGUAGACUGGAUAUCACACGCCACUACAUUGUCAUAGCAUCGACAACCACACAGAUGAAAUACCACUAAUUAAGAUUACCAUUUUAUCUUAGUACACUAAUAAUUGUUGGAUUGUUUUCUAUUAUGGAGAGUAUCAGAUAAUACGUUUAAAAGGAUUAUACCGUUAUUGAAAAGAUUUAUUUAAUUACAAAAUUAUAAUUAAUUGUGGCAUGGAUUAUAACAAAGUUGUGUUUAGAAAUCACACGAAUUCAAGGCUUUUAAAACUAAUUUAUUAGACUCUUGUUGACCUGACAAACAUAUUAAAAUAAAACGUACGAUCUUUUGUUUUAUCUUUUAAUAUUACACUUACUCGUUACUUAAUUAAUGUAAAUUUCACUUUUAAGUAACCAAGAGCCGUUAGUAUGGUAUGUGGUAGCGGUACCAGCAGUGUCUGGGCAUAGAGCAGAAAAUGUGGGGUGCGGAAAAAUGAUCCUGCAAGAUCAUGUUUUGGGUUAUGCAUAGUAUAUCGUAUAUAGUGUUUCCAAUUUGAACAAACUUUUAUUACACAAUAUUUUACAGAGAAUACUAAGAGAUCGUAAUUUAUAUAAAUAAUUGCAAUAACCGGUGUCUGCAAUUUCAUCCAUAUAACAUAUGUAAAAAAUGCCACAAUAAUUCACAAUACUUGUGCAUAAACGAUAGUUGUAGUCAUUUUUUGUAUGCUAUUGUGGGUUAUUUAUAACAUCACGGAAUUUUCUUUGAAAUAUGCUUAAUAAUUUUAUCGUAAUUAUUCUGUUGCACUGGAGGAAAAACAAGUGCAUUUCCAGCCUUUAGUACCCAUGUCGUAUCGUUCUGGAUAUUUCCGCGGUAUUCCGCGCAAAGAACUAGGUAGCUUAUUCCACAGUUUGGUUAUACGUUUCUUGAAAAUGCACUGUGUAAGAACGCCACACAUCCAGAUGGUGAGGAUUAUAUCAAACACUGAUACAUAUAGAUACAUAAUAUUGUUUAUGUUUAAAAAUCUAUUUAUUUUGCGUAUGCGGAAAGUAAGGCUAUUUACCGCCUUAGAUCAUUUAGACGGCUAGAUAGACUAUGACAGCUAUGAAAACGUCGACAAAAAUUAGACAGUUUGAAAUUGACAGUAAACCUCUAAUUUGAGCAAUGCACGCACACAAACAUAAAGUGACAUACAAAUCGCCACAUAUAAUAUAGAUGUCUGAAAUAUUUUGCGUUACUAUUAUAUAUAACCAUUUUCGGCUUAAUGGCGAUUAAUAUUUUAAAUGUACGUUUGACAACGUCUCUAGCAUUUUGCUAAUAUCAUAUGCAGAUCUAUUGGUAUUUAAAGUUAGGUUAUCUAACAAAAUUACAAACAUAAUUACCAGUUGUGGUCUUUAAUAAUGUAACAUAACCCGACAUAUUGUGCGCGGGCUAUCGCGGUAGCGGGAAUGACAACUGUCAAUGUGACAGCGGCGCAUCAUAGAUGGUAGAUGUUAUGUUAUCAGUGUAGUCUCCGCUGGGUGCGCUAACCGCCAUCUUCUACGACGUAGCACACACCGUAGACUGGAUAUUACUGGAUAUUUAGUAAGACUUUUACAUAAAGUUAUGGUUGAUUUUUUUAAAUGAGAAAAUAGUGUUCUAAAUUCAAAUCGAUAAACAACGGAAGUUCAAUUCACAUCAAGACGUAAUAUCGGCGCUCGUCUGAUUAAACUUAAAUGUUAUGUGUUUUAUUAAACUCACACGAUGUUGGAAUUCAUAUUUCGAUAUCACAGCGUACAUUAAAUAUAUAUAUUUAAUUUUUGUAACUUAUAUAUUUUGUGCUUUACAUAUUCGCGCUAUCACACAGGAUUGAGAAAGAGAUAAAAAUAGAGAAAGAGAGUGAGGCUUCUAUUGAUUACACCAGUGUUUGUUAUACUGCAUAAUAUCAGUCAUAUUUUUCUUAUAGUUUUAUUAAGUCGUGGAAAAUAGUAAUUAAUAUUGUAUUACGUACACUGUCAGUUUAAAAUAAAAUGUGAAUAUCUUUUGUUAUACUACGUUAAUGUUUAGAUUUUUAUAUAUUUAAGCAAUGAUCUGUUAUAAAGCUUACCCAAUAAGUGACUAUACGUAGAGUAUUUAACCAAGUGGAGUGGGCAGUUCUUUGAAAUGUUACAGCAUAAUUAAAUUUAAGGCUACUUGUCCACUGAUGUGGAAAUAAUAGGGGAGGGUGGUGAAAGUUUUCAUUAAAAGAAGUGUAUAAAGUCUGAAAUUUACUGCUGUAUACAUACACCCCAUCAGUUUCUCUUACUAGUGCCUGGUUUACCCAUUAAAGCAUCUUUUUGCUCAGUUUGAGUAAACUACUCACUUUAUAAGUAGCACUUAAUUCACGCAUUUACCAAAUUUUUUCUUGUUACGUGUGUGUUUUGAUAUAUUUCAACAGUGAUGUCACAACAUUAUAUAUCGAUAUAAUGUAUCAACAGUACCCUUUACGAAACUUUAUAAGCAGACAAACGAUAAACAGCUUUGCCGGGGUCCGCUAUUUUUGCCAGCGUGCGAAUAUUGUAUCAAGUAUAAGUUGCCAAUAGAGGGCGCUUCUGGGCGUUGUCAGUAUAAAUAUGUUCAAAUCUCUGCAAAUAUAACUACAAUUUAUUAUUAUAUAUGUAACACUAGUCCCGCAACAUAAAGCUUAAUAAUUGUAAUAAACACAUGAUUAUUAUUAACAAUAUAUAUAUCAAACAUCUUAUAUCUUCUAUAUGGUUUAUUAGAAACUGAGAAAGCGUUAUCGAAACUAAGAAAAUAACACUACAUAACAUUAUUUACUUCCCGUAUACUUUUCAACCCGUGCUAUCCUUUGGGUUAAAUACUUUAAGGACGCAAGUUUUACUUAGAGGCAAAUGGAUAAAAAUAAAGCGACGCCAUUUUAAAACUACAUAAUUUAUUGUAAUAGUGUAAUUCUCUUCAUUCAAACUGUAACUGUAACUUUGAGUUUUUAUCCGAAAAAGGAACCUAAAACACUGCCAUUAUACUAAUAUGUGAACUUUAUUUAAGAUUUAUUUUUUAUUAAUUACCACAAUAUUAAACUAUUUCCAUUUUAAAUGUGAUAAAAAUGUUACAAUAAUUAAAUUAAGUGCCUUUGUAAAUAUUUCCCAUAGAUUGUAAAUAUUUCGUGUUGAAAUUUUGUUUUGUAAAUAAAAAACGCUUUAAUAAAUUAUUUCCAUAAUUUUGUGGAAUGUUGCUCAUUGUUUGUUAAAUUUGAGAACAAAUAGACUAAGAUACACUAUUUAAUUAAGUUAAUAUAUUUAUUUUUAAUUUAA